UUCCCCGUUUCUACGCUUCACGGGCAUCUCUGCUCGCCAUCGUCUCUUUCUCCUUCGAUUCCUCGCCAUUGACGAUGCUCCGAUUCCUUCUUCUCUCCGCGCUGCUCCUCUCGUCGGUGAUCUCUCCGGCGAAGUCCCACGGUGACCAUGGUGAUGGUGGCGACGGAUCCUGCGAGGCUGACCCCAACAUCCGCUUAACCGCGGAGUUCCGGCCUGGGCUUGUCACUGUAGAUGGGCAACCGGAUGAGUGGGCUGAGGUCGAGGGUUCCGAGCUUUCUCUACUCCCUGCCCUUGAUCCUGACGCCGACAAGGCUUACCCUUCCGGCAAGAUCACAGUCAAGGCUUUGCAUGAUGGGAGUAAUGUAUUUUUCUUGAUGCAAGUUGAUGGGAAUUAUGCGUACUCUAAAGGGGAAAACACCAAAUGUCCAUCAGUUGCUCUCAUGUUUCAAGUCGGGGAAAAUGCUUCAUACCACAAUAUGGGUGGAUGCCCUGAUAUGCCUGGUAAAUGCACUAGCAAAAGUUGCCGUGGCCAUGAAGUGGACAUAAUGCAUUUUUCAAUUGGAAGUGCGAUUCCUGGACGGUUAUAUGGUGGCAAUCCCUUGGACAAUAGAGAUGGAAUUGGCAGUGACAGGUUUGGUCAUCUAGUUGAUGUGUAUUCAUGGAACCCACAUUGCCGAUUCCUUGAUGGAAAGGGUCCUUCAGCAAAUACAUCAAAUGCGCAAAAUGAUUGGCAAGGGGCUUGGUGGCACAGUUCAAUAACCUCUCGUUCAGGUUUAAUAGAAGAAGAUAGUCCAUAUUCAAUGAAUGGCCAAAAGGGUACCUACUAUUUCGAAUUCUCUAGGCCCCUGAGAACAAUGGAUCAUUUCCAACAAGAUGUUCAAUUUGUAAUUGGUCAGCCGAGCAAGGUGGCCAUCGCUUUGUGGUAUCCGACUGGUGGUAAACCUUGGAGUGGCUCACAACAUUACUCGGCCAGUUGCCAAUGGUUGCCUCUGGAAAUCAUGUCUUCAUCUCUUCAAUCUCUUUCUGAAGCACAGUCACAGAAUUCCUGGGAUGCUGCAACUGCCUUCUCUCUACUCCUCUCCGCGGUAUCCUUAUGCCUCUCCAUUUUCAUUGGAUAUUGGGUUUCCAAAUCGAAGGCCGUCCCUUUCACUCCCAUCGAUCGAAUGUAAUCCAAUUUACUUGCUAUAACUUGAUUGUGUUUUAUCGUUUGGGCGAGAUACAUUCUUUCAGUUAUUUGUCAGGUACACAUACAAAGAAGAUAAAAA